CUGGCAGGACCUUGAAUUCUGCUCGCAGGCUCCGGCACAGAAGCUUCCACGUCCUCGUGCUGAAGCCACGUUUUGACUCGCGAUAAAGAAUUUCAGUGAAUUGUUUGGCCUGCAGAAGUGGUCUUAAAAUAGCGUGAGGAAUUUACGAGAGCGUUCCCCAGAUUACAUCGAGUGGCUUUUUUUCUGUUUUUGUGCGAUUCUGUCGUCACACAGAAGAGUCUCAGUUCAUUGAGAGUACAGACCUAAAUGUGGUUUCUCUUCUCUGUCUCUCCGCCGUGAUCGAACGUUCAUUGGGAGCAGAUAAAGCUAAUCAGCGUGUCGAUAUUGGAGAAUGAGAUUACAUCAAAUAGUCGCUUGGUAUCAGAAAAAGAUCGGGACGUAUGAUAAGCAGCAAUGGGAGAAGACAGUGGAGCAGCGCAUCCUCAAUGGCUUCAUCCAGGUACCGUUGAAGAACACCAAAGUCAAGACGGAACUCAUCGAUGUGGAUCUGGUGCGGGGUUCGUCCUUUCCCAAAGCGAAGCCCAAGCAGAGUCUGCUUACGGUGUUCCGUCUGGCCAUUCUGAGGCUCAUCUUCCUGCCGCUUUACGCCAAGUGGUGGGUGGAGCAGACGUCACCGCGCGUCUUCGCCUUCCUGCUGGGCCUGUACGUCCUGCAGAUGUUCACCUGGGCUGUGUUCAGCUUCCAUGUGAACAAUAAGGAGCAUUCUGGCUCGGAACACAUUGUGCACACAUCCGAAUUGGUGAUCACGAUGGCCCUCAGUCUCAUGCUGAGUGUUAUUCACUCGCAGAUCGUGGCCACGGCGUCCAGCAGUGGCUCCGCGGAGAAGCGGAAGCGCCUGCUGCACCCCAAGCGGAAAGUGCGAGAUCGUGUGCGACGGAAGAAGAAGGUGGUUCGACUGCGUCCGUCAGGAGUGACUGAGGAGGCGUUGAAAACGAGUCUCAACUGUGUGUCAUCGAUAGAGACGGCCGGGAGUUCGCUGAGGAAGAGGAACGUGAACUGGGACUCGCCGAUUAAGAGCCAAGUUGUGCUGCCCGUGGAGGGAUCUGAGGACAAUGAAGAGGCUUCGAAGGUGGCUGAUGUGUUCACGGACGCGUGCGAGAGUGUGGCCAGUCCGGAAGAUGUGGGAGUUGUGGAGAAUGCUAGUCGUGGUCAAACUGGGGAGGACGAUGGCUUUGAGAGCUUCAAUGGGAAGAGUUCGAGUGGAGAGGACAAUUCUCCAACCUCUUCACCAGGGAUUCCGACGAAGGAGGCGCCCAACUUCAGGAAUUCAUGGGUGAAGGAAGUGUUGGAGAGAGUGCGGAAGAAUUCCGACAGCGACACUGACACCGUGAAGGGCAUUUCAUCACGGAGGAACUCCGUGAGUUUGCAUCUGAAUCUCAAGAAGCCAGUGUCAUCGGAGUCAGAAAUUGACUUCUGGGGCAAGGGCGCUGGUAAGAAAUUGCCAUACCCUGGGCAGUCGAAGAAGAAGCAAGACAGCAGUGACACGGAUGAGGAUGGGGAGGACGACGGAGAGACUGCCUCGACGCCGGGCACGUGCUCCAAUCUCACAUUCAACGAAUUGACCACCUCAGCCACGGAAUGGAUUGGUGUGACAACCAACAGCGAGGAGUGCAGCUACAGUUCGGAGAUUGACCAUUCAGACUCUCAGAAUGAGUAUUCUGAGACAUUGGAGUGCGACUUCACGCCCUCAGUGAUCCUGAAUCCAACAUGUGGUGCCAAUGACAGGAUCAGCUGCACUGUGUGGGACAGACGAGAUGCCAAGAAGGCCGAGAUGUCAGUUCUGGACAUCUCCUCAGCCAUCAUUGAGCGAGUGGAAGCCAUGCCCGAGACUUGCGACUACGUAUACAUCGGCGUAGUGUUCAGCAUCGCUUUGUCUCUGAUUCCUGCCGUCUGUCGCAUCUGCGAGGCCACAAUCGAUUCCAGCAAUUCCACCGAAGUGAAUUUCCUGGAUGUGCCAGUACUGCUGAUGGAGACCAGUUCGGAAUCUCUGGCGCUACUCAGGCUCGCCUUCGGAGAGUCUCAGUGGGAGAAGACAGUGCUGAUUGUGAACUUUGUGCAGCGCAUCUGCCUUACGUACCUCUUCUUCUUUCUCCUGGCCGUCGCCGAGAGGACAUUCAAGCAGAGAUUUCUGUAUGCGAAACUCUUUUCGCAUCUCACGAGUUCGCGCAGGGCGAGGAAGUCGGAACUGCCCCACUUCCGGCUCAACAAAGUGAGGAACAUCAAGACAUGGCUCAGCGUUCGGUCGUACUUGAAACGCCGCGGACCUCAGAGAUCUGUUGACGUGAUCGUGUCGGCUGCAUUCAUUCUCACGCUCCUCCUGUUGGCCUUCCUGAGCGUGGAGUGGCUCAAGGAUUCACCUCAUCUGCACACGCAGUACAACAUCGAGGCGCUGGUGUGGAGCAGUGCUCUGGGCACAUACUUGCUGCGCUUCAUGACGCUGGGCACGAAGAUCAAUCGCAAGUACAGGAGCAUCUCGGUGCUCAUCACGGAGCAGAUAAAUCUGUAUCUGCAGAUUGAGCAGAAGCCGAACAAAAAGGAGGAACUGAUGGUGGCGAACAGCGUGCUGAAGCUGGCCGCGGAUUUGCUCAAGGAACUCGAAUCGCCUUUUAAGAUCUCUGGCCUCAGUGCCAAUCCGCUGCUCUACACCACUGUGAAAGUAGUCAUCCUGUCGGCGCUUUCUGGUGUUCUCAGUGAAAUUCUGGGAUUCAAGCUGAAGCUCCACAAGAUCAAGAUAAAGUAGGCUUCGCAAGUCUCCAUAUCAGCCGCAUAGUGACGAAGUUUCUAUGAAAUUUUCAAUGUUAUAUUUUUGAAAAGUGCAUUUC